GAGAGCACCGUGAGACACAAGCCCAGAGAUAGAGUGAGAAAGCGAGAGAGAGAGAGAGAGAAGAGAGAGAGUGCGGAAUCACGAAAGAGCGCGUUCUUCUUCUUCUUCUUCGUCUUUCCUUUGCUCCUAAUUGACAACGGUUCAAAAAUUAACCGUUGUCUUUUUGACCUAAAACCCUAAUUUGAUUUCGAUGCAUUAACAGAUCAAGAAGAACCCUAGAAUUGAACAAUCGAAAUCAAUGGCUACGGCGGAGUUAGGGCAACAGACGGUGGAGUUAUCCACCCUCGUUACUCGUGCCGCUCAAGAUUCAUACAAUUCGCUUAAAGAGCUUGUUGAUAAAUGCAGGUCCACCGAAUUAUCCGAUUCCGAUAAGAAGAUUAGCAUGCUCAAAUUUCUUACCAAGACUCAGCAACGUAUGAUCCGUCUCAAUGUCCUCUCCAAAUGGUGCCAACAGGUUCCUUUGAUACAGCACUGUCAGCAACUGUCUUCAACUGUUUCGAAUCACGACAUGUGUUUUACUCAGGCUGCGGAUUCGUUGUUUUUCAUGCACGAGGGGCUUCAGCAAGCUCGGGCUCCGGUUUAUGAUGUUCCAUCCGCCAUUGAAAUUCUUCUCACGGGGAGUUACGAGCGUUUGCCAAAGUGUAUUGAAGAUGUUGGUUCUCAGUAUGCUUUGACCGAAGAUAAGCAAAAGCCUGCUUUGAAGAAGCUGGACAUGCUUGUUCGGUCCAAAUUGCUUGAAGUUUCUCUUCCCAAAGAAAUUUCUGAUAUAAAAGUUUCCGAUGGCACUGCAAUGGUUAGGGUGAAUGGAGAGUUUCAGGUUUUAUUGACACUUGGGUACCGAGGACACAUGUCCUUGUGGAGAAUAUUGCAUUUGGAGCUGCUUGUCGGUGAAAAAAAUAAAACUGUGAAACUGGAAGAACUACGGCGACAUGUGCUUGGAGAUGAUCUAGAGAGACGAAUGGCAGCGGCCGAAAACCCAUUUUCAAUAUUGUACACAGUUCUUCACGAGCUGUGUGUUGCACUUGUCAUGGACACAGUAAUAAGGCAAGUGCAAUUCCUUCGACAGGGAAGAUGGAAAGAUGCAAUUCGGUUUGAGCUCAUAUCUGAUGGUGGCUCUGGUCAUGGGGCAAGUUCAAGUUCUGUGCAGAAUCCUGACGGGGAAUCUGAUUCGUCUGGUCUACGAACUCCGGGGUUAAAAAUUAUUUACUGGUUAGAUUUUGACAAAAAUGCUGGUGUGUCUGAUUCAGGUGCUUGUCCAUUUAUAAAAAUUGAACCUGGACCAGACCUUCAGAUAAAGUGCACCCACAGUAUCUUUGUCAUAGAUCCGUUAGCUGGCAAGGAGGCAGAGUUUUUCUUAGACCAGAAUUGUAUUGAUGUAGAGAGGCUGCUAUUAAGAGCUAUUUGUUGCAAUAGAUAUACUCGGCUAUUAGAAAUUAAAACAGAACUGAUAAAAAAUGUUCAGGUCUUUAGAACAGCAGAUGACGUUGUGCUCCAGUCUCAUAUGGGUGAACCUGAUAUUGAAUAUAAGCAGAAGGAUAAUAAGAGAUGCGAUAAGGAUUCUGAGGGGAACGAGGUACUGCACGUGCGUGCUUAUGGCUCUUCUUUUUUUACUCUUGGAAUUAGUAUCAGGAAUGGCCGAUUCCUUCUUCAAUCAUCACAAAAUAUAGUUGUUUCUUCUGCCUUGUUAGAAUGUGAAGAAGCUUUAAAUCAGGGAUCUAUUACUGCAGCUGAAGUCUUCCUAAGCUUGAGAAGCAAAAGUAUGUUGCACUUAUUUGCAUCUAUUGGAAGGGUUUUGGGCCUUGAGGUUUAUGAGCAUGGAUUGAACACAGUCAAAACACCCAAAACCUUGUCGAAUGGUUCAACUGUGCUGAUGAUGGGAUUUCCAGACUGUGGAAGCUCUUACUUCCUGCUUAUGCAACUUGAUAAAAAUUUUAAACCCUUGUUUAAGUUGUUAGAGACUGAACCAGAUCCAUCUGGAAAAGACAAAAUAUUUGGUGACCUUAAUCAGGUGCUGCGGUUCAAGAAAAUUGAUAUAGCACAGAUGCAGGUGCUUGAAGAUGAAAUGAAUUUAAGCCUGGUGGACUGGGCAAAGUUGCAUUCCAUUUUGCCCAAUGCUGCCUGUCCAAAUCAAAUGUCUGGGCAUGGGCUCUAUUCUGAUACCCGCCUUCAGAAUUCCAUGCACACUGCUAGAGGCCAUCAUCCGUCAGGUUUUUCAUCACUGGUUGACGAUGUUUUUGGACUUGAGAAAGGGUCUUCUGCGCCACCAUUCCCUGUUCAAAAUAUUUCUUCACCGUUGAAUUCAUCACUUCCUUCUCAUUAUGGUUCUCUCCCAAUAAACAGUCAGAGUUUAAAGGCUGGAAAUAUCCACUAUAAUAGUUCCCUGUUCUCAUCAGGCAAUGUGAAGGGUCCAGUUCAAUCCAGUUCUGUUGGCUCAGUUCCUACUGGACAUGGAAGGAGCGCUGUUGGGAAAAAGCUAUCUGCCUCAAAGUCUGAACAGGAUUUGGCUUCUGUUAAAUCUCCGCAUUCAGUUGACAUUAGUUCCUCUACUCCAAUGGAUGAAGACACUGCUAAUGAUGCUUUAUCUGGAAGUCGUUCAUCUCUAUUAUCUCCUUCCUGGCCGAUUAACUCUCGAAUGUCCGCACCUAGUUCCAGACCUAACGGAUCUAGUUCAUGUGCCACAACUCUCGUAUCCCAGGGACUGGACACAGUUAACUUUAGCACUAGCGAAGAUGUUAUCUCCGAACAAGAUAAAAAAUCUCGUAAGCGAACGGCAUCAGAUAUGUUAAAUUUGAUUCCAUCUCUUCAAGAGUUUGUCAAAAAUCAAGGAAUCUGCAAGAGAAGAAAGAUUUUAGAUGCAUGUAGCUCUCAAUUGGCUUUGCCACAAAGCAGUAUAACCCCAGAAAUAAUUCCCAAAGCUGAAGGGUGCAGUUAUGGAAGUUUAAUUGCAGAAGCAAAUAAGGGAAAUGCUCCUUCUAGCAUUUAUGUAGCGGCUCUUCUUCAUGUGGUCAGGCAUAGUUCACUAUGCAUUAAACAUGCUAGGUUAACCAGCCAGAUGGAUGCAUUAGAGAUAUCGUAUGUUGAAGAAGUGGGUUUACGAAGGGUAUCCUCUAACAUUUGGUUUCGACUUCCAUUUGCCAGAGGUGAUUCAUGGCAACAUAUAUUUUUGCGGCUUGGCAGACCUGGUUGUAUGUAUUGGGAUGUUAAAAUCGAUGAUCAGCAUUUCAGGGAUUUAUGGGAGCUUCAGAAAGGUAGUAGUAACACAUCAUGGGGUUCUGGUGUUCGAAUUGCUAAUACAUCUGAUAUAGAUUCACAUAUACAUUAUGAUCCAGAUGGUGUUGUUUUGAGUUAUCAAUCUGUUGAGAAAGAUAGCAUAAAGAAAUUAGUGGCUGAUAUCCAAAGGCUUGCCAAUGCUAGAACAUUUUCCAUUGGCAUGCGGAAAUUGCUUGGCAUACGAGCAGAUGAGAAGUCAGAAGAGUUCCUUACAAAUUCUGAUGUCAAAAUAUCCGGUGUCAAGACUGCUUCAGAUACUGCUGACAAACUACAGAUGAGAAGGGCAUUUAGAAUUGAGGCAGUUGGACUGAUGAGCUUGUGGUUUAGCUUUGGUUCAGGUGUUCUUGCUCGUUUUGUUGUUGAGUGGGAAUCCGGUAAAGAGGGUUGCACAAUGCAUGUAUCUCCUGAUCAACUUUGGCCUCAUACCAAGUUUUUAGAAGACUUCAUAAAUGGAGCUGAAGUUUCAUCGCUUCUGGAUUGCAUUCGUCUGACUGCAGGGCCAUUGCAUGCUCUCGCAGCGGCAACCAGGCCAGCACGAGCUGGUCCUGUUCCGGGCGUCGCAGCCAUUAUAUCUUCUUUCCCCAAACAGACCGGUUAUACAUCAUCACAAGGACUUCUUCUUGGUAGUUCAACUUCAGCCACUAAUGUUGGUCAGCCUGCUUCUGGUCUUGGAGCAAAUACUUCCGUUUCUAAUGCUAGUGGUAUCUCUAACCAAAAUCUUUCAAUGUUAGCUGCUGCUGGCCGUACUGGCCCAGGCAUUGUUCCAAGUUCACUUUUGCCCUUUGAUGUCUCUGUCGUGCUCCGUGGUCCUUACUGGAUACGAAUUAUGUACCGGAAACAGUUUGCAGUUGAUAUGCGUUGCUUUGCAGGAGAUCAGGUGUGGUUGCAACCUGCCACACCUCCUAAAGAGGGCCGUCCUUCUGGAGGAUCAUUACCAUGCCCCCAGUUUCGGCCUUUUAUCAUGGAACAUGUGGCCCAGGAAUUGAAUGGAUUGGAUCCUAGUUUUACAGGACAACAGGCAGGUGGGCUAACCAGUUCAAACAGUCCAAACCCAAAUUCAGGGACCCAGUCAAUGGCUGCAAACGGGAACAGAAUAAACUCUGCUGCAAUGUCUAGGACAGGAAACCAAGUAGCUAGUUUAAACCGUAUGGGAAACGCUUUAGCAGGCUCUUCAAACUUAGCUUUGAUGACAUCAGCUGUACCUCUUCGAAGGCCACCUGGAACAGUUGUCCCGGCACAUGUCAGAGGUGAGUUGAACACAGCCAUUAUCGGCCUCGGUGACGACGGAGGAUAUGGAGGUGGUUGGGUUCCUCUUGUUGCCCUCAAAAAGGUUUUGAGAGGCAUUCUCAAGUAUCUUGGAGUGCUAUGGCUAUUUGCCCAGUUACCAGAUCUUUUGAAAGAGAUCCUAGGAUCCAUCUUGAAGGACAAUGAAGGUGCCCUUUUGAACUUGGACCCUGAGCAGCCUGCAUUGCGUUUUUUUGUUGGGGGAUAUGUAUUUGCUGUUAGUGUCCACAGAGUUCAGCUUCUUCUGCAGGUGUUAAGUGUAAAACGCUUUCACCACCAACAGCAGCAGCAGCAACAAAAUUCCAAUCCUGCACCAGAGGAACUCAGUCCAUCUGAAAUAAGUGAAAUAUGCGACUACUUCAGCCGUCGGGUGGCAUCUGAGCCCUAUGAUGCUUCACGUGUUGCUUCGUUCAUAACCAUGCUCACCUUACCCAUACCAGUUUUGAGAGAAUUCUUGAAACUAAUUGCUUGGAAGAAGGGAUUAUCUCAGGCACAAGUUGGAGAUGUUGUUUCAGCUCAAAAACCGCGAAUUGAAUUAUGUCUUGAAAAUCAUGCUGGGUUGAACGCGGACGAGAAUUCAGAGAGCUCAUCUGCAUUUAGAAGCAACAUCCAUUAUGAUCGUCUGCAUAAUUCUGUUGAUUUUGCACUUACUGUUGUUCUUGAUUCUGCUCACAUCCCGCACGUCAAUGCUGCUGGUGGUGCUGCCUGGCUGCCUUACUGUGUUUCAGUAAGGUUGAGAUAUUCAUUUGGUGAAAGUCUUAAUGUAUCCUUUCUUGGCAUGAGUGGUAGCCAUGGUGGUAGGGCAUGUUGGUCGCGUGUUGAUGAUUGGGAGAAGUGCAAACAGAGGGUGGCACGGACAGUAGAGGUUAGUGCGAGCUCAGCAGCCGAUGUAAGUCAAGGUAGGUUGAAACUAGUUGCAGAUAGUGUGCAAAGAAAUUUGCAUAUGUGCAUUCAAGGGCUUAGAGAUGGGAGUGGAGCCACAGCCAGCUCUGGAGCAACAUGAUUUUGUUAUUUUUGGCAGAGGUUAUAUCUCUUUAUAUUUAUGUUGGGUUAGUGCGGUCAAUAUACAUAGUUUAGUAUGGUAUGGAAACCAUGCCAUGCUCUGUUAAGCAAAGCAUGGCCUUUGCUGUAAUAAUGGAGUAGAAGCACUGGUGAUUACAAAUGAUUUUGAUAGAACUCGUAAGAUUGGCAUUUGAAAUUCGAGCUUAGAUUUGAGAGCACCAAUUUUAGAUUACUGACAUUUAAAAUGAGCAUUUGACGGUUCUCAGAUCAUAAGAUUCGACAUAGGUUGUACAAUAUUUUGCUGUAGUGUAGCAUGUAAGUUUUAACUUCUGGUUGGUGGAUUUUAUUGUUGUUAUAAUGUUGGUGGAUUUUCAUGUACAUAUGACAUCUCAAAUGAAUAGAUUAGUUAAAGCAAUUUGUUAUGCUCGACUUCUAUA